CUAAGCACAUUACAAAUCAAAUAUGGAUCAUUCCUAUCGGCGCCUUUUGGUCCUCAUAAAAUUUCUUUUGGUAUUUACUUCAAUAAAUUAAAAUGCUAAUUUUUCAAUUCUACUUUAUUUGUAUAGCAUAUGAGCAUACAAAUUGCAACUCCAAGUGCUUUACAGUAACAUGUGGCGAGUCAGUGUCACGGUACGUUUCUUGGUUUCCUAUCUGUAAAUCGACAAUUAUUUUGCCAUCAAAAGCACUUUGGCAAUCAUGUUUUUGUUAUUUAUUGUUCCAUGCACCACAAAAGCAAAAAACAUCGCAGUGAUGCUUGACUUUUUUUUGUGGAGUUGAGGGUUUAUUUCAUCCAAUCCCUCCAAUGAUUUGGCCCAUCUGUCAAUUUUAAGAUUCAAAUGUGGCCCUUGAGCACCAAGGUUUUCCCACUUUGUAAGUGUCAAAUUAACAAAACAUGUUCUGUAACUCUGGGAGGUAGCCAGACAAAUUACCAUAAACCUUUUAUGUGUUUUCAACCAAACAUUUGGUUGUUAAGAAAAAAAUGCUAAAUAUCAUCUACUGAGGUAAUGUUAAUGUUCUUCUCUUGCUCAACACGCAGUCAUCUGAAUAAAAUCUGUGUGGAACAUUUUCCACCUCUCACACAGUUCAGCUUGAAGCACAGCGGACACCACUUUCUCAUUUUUUCAACAGUCAUAAUGAUGCGAUUUACGACUUUCAUUUUCAUGUGUGCAGUGCUGUCCGUGACAUUGUCUUUUGCAGAGGGGGCUGAAUUUAAAAACGGAGGAACGGUGCAGACUGACGUGCAAGGUUCUGACUUCCUUCAAGAUCCAGACCAAGCUGUAUCUUCAAAAGCUAUUGGCAAUCUAACAUGUUUGCUGUGCGUUUGCCUGAGAGAGUCCGUUUAUUGUGAGGAGGUGUCUCCUGAAAUGUCAGCCGUGCCAGAGUUGCCAAAGGAAACAACUUAUUUCUACGCACGCUUCAACAAAAUCACCAAAAUAACCAAUAAAGACUUUGCAGACAUGACCUCACUGAAAAUAAUUGACCUAAGUGGGAAUCUCAUCACAGAGAUAGAGGACGAAGCUUUUUGCAGACUUGCAAAUCUCGAGGAGCUCAAUCUUUCAGACAACAGGCUGACUAAAGUGCCCGCGCUUCCCGAGAUGCUGAGGUUUUUCAGUGCCAAUUCCAACAGGCUUACAUCAAAAGGUCUAAAGACCGUUGGUUUCAAGAAAUUCACAAGACUGGCAUAUCUCUACCUUGGAUACAAUAGGCUGAAAACCGUGCCUCGUCUUCCAGAGUCUCUUCACAUUGUGCACCUACAUAACAACAACAUCAAUAAAAUUACGGAGACGACAUUCUGCCAAAGAAACAAUCCUCACUACAUCCGGAGGAACAUACGAGAGCUGAGACUGGAUGGGAACCCCAUCCAGCUAUGGAAACACCCGAAGAGCUUCAUUUGUCUGCUCACUCUGCCAAUCGGAUGGUACAAAUGAAAUAACCAAAAUGUGAUUUUGCUCAAACGGUGAAUAAGUUAGACUUAUCCAUAACCAAUGCUGAGUUAUAAUAUUCAAGCAUCACCAUAUACAUUGCUGUUGAAUUACCGGAAAAUCAAUCUCCUUUGUCAUUAUUAUAAUCAUGCACCCUAAAAAUACAUGUUUUGGGAGGGUUUGGCAGGUGGUACGUUGUAUUUAAAACCAGCUCAAGCGCUUCAUACAUGAAUAUGACCGUACAAUGUCAUUUAUUUAGAUUGUAAAAUAUAUACACAACAAACAAUAAAACAUGCAUGAUUUUCCCAUAAA